GUAAUUCGAUUUUGUAAAUUAUACAAUUUUAAAAUUAUAUAAAUAUGAUGAAACGUAGUAUAGUUGAAUACUUUUCUGAACACGAUGGCUAUAAAUGUGGUUAUUGUAAAAAACCAAAUUCUAAUUACAAUUACGGAAUGUGGGCUCACACGAUGACUGUGACGGAUUACCAAGAUUUAAUAGAUAGAGGAUGGAGGCGCUCUGGAAAAUAUUGCUAUAAACCAACCCUAGACAUCAUCUGUUGUCCGAUGUAUACCAUUCGAUGUAGAGCAUUAGAAUUCAAAUCGUCAAAAUCACAGAAAAAAAUAUUGAAAAGAUUUAACAAAUUCUUGAUGGGCCAAGAUGAGAAUAAAACGAUGUCUAGGAGUAACGAAGACAUGACUAUUGAUGAUGCUGAGGGUAGAGAACAGUUUGUAGAAACCACAAGAGCUCAUCAGGAGGGAAUAAUAACUGAUAUAGAUUUACCAUUUAUUGAAGAUGCAAGUGACCCAAGGAAUGAAGAAUUAGAAACAAUAUCCAUUCAAGAACCUCACACAAGUAAAGUGGUUACACAAGAAGAUAAAUCAACUUCACAAACAGACCCAGUUAAGGAUAAAUGUACAAAAAUACAUCAAACCAAAGUGGCCGGUCCUGAUCCUACAAAAGGUCCAUGUAAAAAAGCUAAACAAGUCAGACGCCAGAGGAUGUUAGAAAAACUCAAAAAUAAAGGUGUUGACAUAAACAAUUUAGCCACAACCAAUAAAAAUAAGGAAAAACAGAUUGAAGAUUUUAUAAAUGAAUUGCCUAAUGAAGUUACAAGGAAAUUUGAGAUAAAGUUAGUUCGAACAUCACCACCCAGUGCAGAAUGGCUAGCAACAUCGAAAGAGACUCAUGAGGUUUAUGUUAAGUACCAGACAAUAAUUCAUGGCGAUAAACCUGAAAAAUGUACAGAAUCAAAAUUUAAAGACUUUUUAGUGAAUAGCCCAUUAUUGGAAGAGUAUUCAGAGAUUGGUCCUUAUUGUGGUUAUGGAUCAUUUCAUCAACAAUACUGGUUGGAUGGAAAAAUUAUAGCAGUGGGAGUAUUGGAUAUAUUACCUAAGUGUGUUUCGUCUGUCUAUUUUUUUUAUGAUCCAGCAUAUAGAAACCUGACCUUGGGAACAUAUGGUGCCUUAAGAGAAAUAGCAUUCACUAGAUACUUACAUUCCACAUGUCCGUCUCUUCAAUACUACUACAUGGGUUUCUAUAUACACUCUUGCCGUAAGAUGAGAUAUAAGGGAAAUUUCUACCCAUCGGAUCUACUAUGUCCAGAGACAUACAAAUGGUUCCCCAUAAAGGGCUGUUUGGAAAAACUGGAAGUUGUGCCAUAUACGAGAUUUGAUCCCGAUAUUGAUAGUGUAGACGAAAACUUUCCUAGUGAGAAUGAUAUUAAUUAUAUACAGGUGCUAUCAAGGGGAGAAGUUAUGCAUUACAAGUUGUAUAGGCGAAGAGUUGGGAGGAGAGGUGAGAAUAUUGAAGAAAUGCAACAAUACGCAAAGCUAGUCGGCUCCAAAGCAGCUAAAAGCUUAGUAGUGGUCAGAUAAUAUCUUAAUCUUUAUAUAAACUAGAAAAAGACAUACUCGAGAUAGCAGUCUUUAAGUAUCAUCUAUCAACUAUACAGGUAUUUUCAAUCCAAUUCUAAUAAAUAUAGCCUAUUCCAAUGACUGAAGGAAAAUAUAAAUAAAUAUUUCAUUUAUAUGUAUGUGAUUUGUAGUUCUGCUAUUUUAUGUACGAAACUGAAUAUGAAUAUAGUUCUAUUUAUAAUUCAACACUAUUCCUCUUAACUGUAGCUAAUUCCUAUCGAAGAAGUAGUAAAGAUAAACAAAGAUUUACGUAUUCCAUCCGAUUUGCUAAUAGCUCAGUUGCUUCGUGCACUUAAAACAGUUCUCGAUUAAUAUACCGUUAUUUAUAAAACAAUAAUAUUCCACUUUAAUAUUUAAAUCCACUUCAGUUAUACUUUCGAAGUUACGAUAGCAAUGUUGUCACUUGUCAGUUUGUCACUAAUCCGUAAUGCAUUACUUUUGAUGCUGACCAAUGAUGUCAUGACGAUUCAAGGUCAAAGUUAUUCAUUUGACAUUGGAAUAGAUUAUAGUCAAAUUAAUAUUUUUUUUCAAAUAAAUGUUUUAAUACUAUAGAUAAAUAAAUUUGACUCUAAAACUUGACAGACGCAAGUAUACUGAAUUUAAUUUCUCAGUUAUUUGUCGGUAUAGCUUUUCUUAAUAUUAUUAUUAUCUAAAACUUUUAUGUUUGGAGGGUCUAGAUAAGAAGGAUUUUAUAAGUAGAAAAAGAAAAAAAUAUUUAAGAACUCAUAAAUUUAGACUGUCGUAGUAAUUUGUAGUAUUUAGUUCUGAAAGUGUUGGGUUUUCAGUGAGGCUAUAAGGAUAGAUGUGUUAAAAUUACA